AGCCGGUCGUCCCGACAUCCCCUCUACCCUCUGCGCUGUGUUCAUACAUAGGCUUUAGACUCUCUCGAUCUCCACUGUCAGGACAUUAUCAAGGGUAUAGCCAAGAUUUGCUGUUCCCUUUCCCUUCACUGAGGCGAGGUUUGAAUUCUAACAACUAAAGGAGGGUUGCCAGGCAUUUGUACAACAUGAGUCGUGUUGGUGUGGAGAUUGUUAUUACCCUAGCCGUCUUUGUUUCACUUACAGCGACCGUAGUUACAGGUUUGAGAUGUUAUGACUGUAAGGAUGUGAAUCUGGACCAAGUCAAUUUCAUUGUGGAUAAGGUGUUCCAGACCCUGAUCGGCAACAACCCCCACUGUAACAAGUCGGUGGACGAAUCUACCCCUGGCGUGAAGAUAGACAACUGUCCCGCUCCGCAAUUUGGAAAAGUAGCUAAAUGCGGCUACACCAAAGGCAGAGGAAGUCUCAGCUUUCUUACAUUUGAGUUUGGAGCAAGUUAUUAUGCACGGGAAUGUGUGGAAGAAGACAUUGGCAGCCCCGACACAUGUCAGAGAAAUAACAACGAGGAUAAGUCUUUAUUUUCCGAAUUUCUCAGAACGAUUGGGUUUAAUGUUUUGUCCUACGAUGGUACGAGAUGUACGUGCUCCACGAACUUGUGCAAUGGUCAGCUCAAGGUCAAGGCCAGCAGUCUGUUCUGGCUUUCUGGAAUGGUCUUGGCGGUACUUGGGCGUCAGCUAUAGUGACUAUAUUUACACAGUCGCAAUCUUAAGUACACAGAUAGCUGGCAACAUUUUUAUGUGCCUGCACGUCAUCAUUCACCUUUUGUAUAGCUUUUGAAGCUAGGUUAGUUCAUCAUUUCUAAAUACGAGCUCAAGAAGUUUUGUCGCAGAUGACACUAAUAACAUGAAAUCACAGUGAUGUCUCUAUGUGACAUGUUUCACAAAUUGUCCGACAUGUUACAUACCCGAGGGCGAAAUAACACCACGCUAAAUAUGUCUGUCAAUAUACUGUACAUCCUGUAUAUGCGCUGUAUAAAUAUCUGAAGCUGCUUGUACAAAGUGAUCGUGGGCUAAGUUGAUUGUAACUAUUAUAGCGACACCUGUUAUAAACAUAUGUUGCCAUGGUAGUUACAAUCAACAUAGUCUACGAUCGCUUUGUGCAACAGGCCCUUGUUCUCUAAUUAUGCAUGUGUGGAAAAGAAUUGUACAUACGUCCAACUCCUGGACCGGGUCUUUCAUUUCACUGCAGGGAAAAACCAUCGAAAUGAUGGGUACCAAGAGUGCUUUCUUUAGCACGUGCACAAAAUAUGUCCACAUAUCUAGAAUAAUUAGGCAAAACAUAUGUACAGUUCUAAUUUUAUACAUAUGUACAAAAAAUCGAGGAUAUGUACCAUUCUGUUGCACGUAUGUAUAAUUAGAGAAUGAAUACCUAAACGGCUUGACGCAAUCCAGUUGUGCAUUAAGGUUAAUUAUUAAAUGUAUGUCACAAAAACAGACAUUGAAAGAUAGUGCGAAUUGGCGCUAGGCUUACAUAUACUUGCGCGUGUGCCAUCCACAAUAAGGGGAGGCUACUCUAACGUAAAUAUCAACUUGUGGCUUACCAGAACAAUUUAUACGCUGAUUGUUAUUCUAUACACACGUGGUAUGUAGUACAAGUGAAAACGUUAUAAGGCGUAUUAGUAAAUACAUCUCCGCAAACAAACUCUGUGAAUGCUAUAGAUAGCUUUUGUAGAAAGGCAUUUGUGUAUUCUCUUGACUAUGAAAACCCUCUUACAAGCAAAUUAUGUUUUCCUUCUGAACCCA